CACCCUCUUGUCUCGAAUUACCUGAAAUACCUCCCAAUUCCUCUCGGCCAGCUCGUGCCCUUCCCUGGACUUUCUCUCCUCCGCCAGGUCCGCAUAACCACCGACGCUGGGCACUUUUGUCUCAACUCUCCCCUCGGCACCCAUAUCCGAUAGCACUCAAUCACGACAAUCGAGGGCCCGAUGAUUCGUUAAAUCUAUUUCCAACCCCCUCACUCUCAGAGAGCGGGCAACAAACACAGCACUUCGACAAAAUGUCUGAAAAGACGCAUAGGACGACCCGGAUAAUCUCCGUAGUCGCUGCUACUACCAUAUCGUUGGCAUGCGGAACAAAUUAUGCAUACUCGGCGUGGGCACCUCAAUUCGCAGACCGCCUGCAGCUUUCUGCAGUUCAAAGCAACAUAAUCGGAACAGCAGCGAAUCUCGGCAUGUACGCUUCGGGUAUACCAAUGGGAAUUGUGACGGACAAAAGAGGCCCGCGACCUUCUGCUCUGAUCGGAACUGUUGCACUUGCGGCUGGCUACUUUCCGAUACGACUAGCGUAUGAUAGGGGAGCUAUGAGCGUAGCUCUCAUUACUUUCUGUUCGUUUCUCACUGGAGUCGGUAGCUGCGCUGCGUUCCAGGCCUCAUUGAAAGUUUCGGCCCUCAACUGGCCCCAUCACCGCGGGACGGCGACUGCCUUUCCUUUGGCAGCAUUCGGCCUCAGUGCAUUCUUCUAUACCAUAGUUUCCCGCUUCGCAUUUGCAGGCAAUACCUCGAGCCUCCUUUUGUUUUUAUCCAUAGGGACGUCUUGCCUUGUCCUUGUCUCCGUUCCCUUCCUUUCUGUUGUGGAUCACACUACCCGCUAUGUGGUACUACCAACCACCGAAGACUUCUCCCACCCUUCACGGCGAGACUCGAAUCAACUUCAUCGUACCAAGUCAGGGGGGAGUAAACACAGCGCCUCUAUCCUACCACGACAAGAAACCAUAGACGGCAGUCCACUAGACGAGUCUCCUGCAGAUCCGGACGAAACUUCGUCACUCAUGUCUAUACCUGGGGAUAUUGCUGCAGACGAUGACGCUUUAAGCCAUAUGACACACCACUCACAUAAGGCAGAUAUAACCGGGCUGGCCUUACUACCAAGAAUAGACUUCUGGAACCUCUGGAUGCUGUGUGCUCUUCUAACUGGUGUCGGUCUAAUGACUAUUAAUAAUAUUGGCAAUGACGCACAAGCACUCUGGGCACAUUACGACGACACCGCAUCGAAAGAAUUCAUCGCUAAGCGUCAACUCAUGCAUGUCUCGAUCAUAUCGUUCUUAAGCUUUCUGGGGCGGCUCGCAUCUGGGGUUGGCUCAGACGUGCUGGUAAAACGACUCCACAUGAGUCGGUUCUGGUGCGUUUUGGCAUCAGCGGCCAUAUUCACGCUCGCCCAGUUCUGCGGUACUCGCAUCGAAAAUCCAAAUCAUCUUUGGGCGGUUUCUGGCCUCACUGGACUAGCGUAUGGGGCGCUCUUCGGCGUAUUUCCUGCCCUAGUUGUCGAUGCUUUUGGCGUUGGAGGCUUUUCUGUCAAUUGGGGAUUUAUGACCCUGGCACCUGUUGUGAGCGGCAACAUCUUCAACAUCUGGUACGGUGCUAUUUACGAUGCUCAUUCAGAUGUUGGACGGGAUGGCGACAGAACUUGUGCUGAAGGCCUCGCGUGCUACCGUGGCGCCUAUUGGGUCACUCUCGUUUCAAGCUUUCUGGGUAUUCUAGUGUGCUUAUGGUGUAUCAAGCACGAGCAUUCGGUCAAGAGCAAGGACAUUCAGGAUGACCACCGGGAGGCAUAAUUUGACUUUUACAUGGUUGGAGGGGACUUCUCAAUCGGAUAGGGAUUUGAUACAUUUAGACUUGGCAUUGGAUGCCGCCUUCCUGUAAAUCUUUGAGACAGUUUCUCUGGGUUCUUCUUAUGUCUUGUGUGACGCAGACGACCCCAUCCAAGCCUCUGUCGGGCCUAAGUGGGUCUUCACUGUGUGAAGUGGUAGCAGCGUUUGUGAAUGCAUCGAUUGGACUGCGUGUGAGGGAAAAGGCAUGAUUUGACAAGGGGGCUGUGAAGGGUGAUAGUACUGGGGCAUUAAUCAGGCACAAUAC